UCCCGUGGUGAGCUGCUGAAGCUGACAAAGAAACUGUUGUUUUCCCAUUUUUUGCAUCACCUCCGUCCUGUGCCCAGAAUGUGUGGGUGUUACGUAACUGCUUUGGUUCUUAUGAGCAUCCUGCAAAUACAACUAUCAAGCUCUGAUCUUUUGGAACAAGACUCCAUUGUUCUAACCCAUUCCAUGUCUGGAUCUACUCCAAGGGAGCUAACUGGAAAAGUGGGACAGCACCUAAGAUACUCUAUUUUGAUGCCAACUGGAUUUCAAAGUUAUCUGAUGAAUAACUCUAACCCAGAAGUCAGUAUAAGGGAGGAUGGUCUGAUUGAAGUUCUCUCUGACAGUCCUGGAACAAGGACCAUAUCUGUAUCCAUAAUAGACAACAGGAACUCUACCAGUCCCAAUGCUACUGGACACUGUUCCAGUUUUCAAACCGAUUUACUUAUAGAAGUAUUGAAGAAUGAAACUACAGGUUCUUGUGGUAAGCCACCUGCUCUAAGGAAAUCUUUAGACUUUAUCACUCUCUCCUUGGGGAAAAUAUUCCGACAACAGCUGGACCCGGACUACUUUUAUGAUAUUGAGGAUGGGAAUACAAGACAGCUAUAUGUUACCAUGACAACAGGGUAUGGAGACCCAUUGCCUAGCAACCAUUGGAUACAGUUUGAUUCAAAUAACCAAGUAAUCUAUGGAUUAGUUACGAAUGAAACAGCCACACAGGAGGAGGUUUUGUUAGUAGUGGCCAAAGACUUGUGUGGGCAGUCUUCAUAUGAUGCCAUUGGAGUUGAUAUGUCUAUUGAUAGUUUUGAUCACACCAAAGACAAGAAAUAUGAGUUAAUGGUUCAGUUUUCAAGUGUCCCCACAUGUCCAGUUGAAGAUUUAAAAAACAUGUUUGUGUUUGUUCAGGAACUUAAAAAAUGGUUCAAUGACAGUGGAGAAAUAUCCAUAAAAGAGAGAGAGAACUGCAAAUUAUAUUUGUUUAUGGAAGAUACGGAAGAAGAAGUGUCAAUGGGAGCAGGUUCUGAGGAAAGAACUGCUAUCUUUGAUGACAAGGGAGAGAGUAGUACACAGUUUGAAUGCUUCUUCCUGCCAAGUUUCCAAAUCACCAGUGUUCAUUUCAUCAAGCUUAAUACCUCUCCACUGGAAAAAGACUACGAAUCUCCAACAGCUCACUACUCCUCAGACAUCAACCACUGGCUGGAGAUUGUCCUUCCUGUGGUCAUCAUUCUGUGCAUCAUUGUCAUCAUUGUCAUUAUUCUCUAUGUCUACUACGCAAGGAAGAAAAAGCUGUACAUCUUACGGUCCGAAAAGCCCACGUUUCUAGAGGAGAGGAGCCCGGUCAUUUUCCAGACCGAGGUUCCAGUGGAGGACCCCACCCUCAACCCACGGGAUCCCAUCAUUCUGUCCCACUUUGAUGAGAUUCCCUCGUCUGAGGCAGAGUUACUGGAACACAGGUCCCUCCCGUCCACCCCUGAUUACACCCCUCCAACCUGUGAGCCCCCACCCUCCUACAGGCUCCCCCCACCCUACACCACCAGUCACCAGUACUGGUGAAAGUACACAGGACUUAUACUGGAAAAGUGGUUACAAUGUAUUUACGCAUGGGGAAAUUUACAGUUGUUAGGCAAUAAGCUUAAAACUGCAGAAAAUACCCCCGCACAUACGGUAAAAAAAUCAAAACUUUAGUUUGGUAAAUCAUGCAUCAGCUUAUAUAAGUUUAAUACCCACGUGUAUUAUUUAACUCUAGGAAAUGCGUACUUAAUCACCAGUGUAAAUAACCACUUUUUACAGUAGAUUAUAAACAGAGCUUUCAAUUAGGGGGAGACAGGUGGCUAGUUUUCACAAUUCCAAUGAUCAGAGCUAAUCCCUUCAAACUUUAUGGUAAAAUCGCUAGUAACUGUUUGAAAUAAUUCUAAAAAAAGACUUUAAAAUGAGUAACUCACUUUUUCAUUUCAAAGUUAUUAAGUACAUGUACCCAGGAUAAACACUGUAUGCAAACAUAAAGGUGUUGGUUGAAUUCUAAUAUGUGACGUUAACACUUUUUUGCGACUGAAAACAAAACUACUCUACCUGUUGUCAUGAUUUAUUUAAUUUUUAUAUUAUUAUUAUAAUCAUUAAAUUAUUUAUUAGAAUAUAUAUUUUCUUGAUAGAUUUACAUAUAUUUACAUUAACCAAUUACAUCAGAAACCCCCUUUUCAGUAAAACUGAGAUGAACCUUUACUCAUAAGUGCAAAUCUCUCCUUAGUACUAAAGGAAUGCUUUCUUGGUUCAACAAGUAAAAAAAGAAAAUGUUAUCAAGAUAAUAUUGUUUGUUUGCUUCAGGAAUACAUUUUAGUUCCAUCAACGUGUGUAUGAAUUAAUUGUAAUACUCUUGAUGUUGAAAACUAUAAUAUAUAUUGAAAAAUGCACAUACAGUAUGUACGUACAAAUGUAUGUACCUUUUAAGUUAAAAAGUUUCUAUAAAAACAGAUUUUUAUGUCAUGCUAGGAUAAGUAAAAAAUUUAGAAUCUAAUUUUAUUUCAGUAGCAAAUGUUUUGAUAUGAAAUUUGUAUAUAAUUUCCUUAAUGAAAUAGAGAUGUUUUUAUUCUAUUUUGAUAAUAUUAUAUAACAAAAUCUAAAUAAUUACAAAUGCCAAUAAUUUUUUUAUGACAUAAUUGAUGAUGUCUUUUAAAAUUACUCUCUAUUUUUAGAUAAGUUACGCUUACUGAACCUUAGCAUGGCAAUAAGCAUAGAUAAGCUGUCUGUCAGUAGAUGUAGAUUCUCUGUGAACUAAUAAUAUGUGUAUAUCGCUACUAGUGGCAUAUUACUACAUGUAACUGAAGGCAGUUAUUUACCUGUAAUUCUGUCAGUAUUUUUCUGCUGUGGCAAUCCCAAUAUUUUAUUUUUAGACAGUGAAUAUAACUUUCGUUAACAUUUGUAAGUUUCAUUAAUUUUUUUGGGCACAAUGCUCUCUGCUUGUAAGCUGUGAAAGGAUACAGUAAAACAUGGUUACAGCAAACACGCUUUUAAUAAAUUUACACUUAUAGAGAAGUGAUUUUAUUCCUCAUGACUGUAUUACAUUUUGUAAACUUGAUGGAUAUCAUGAAUUACGCUUAUAACGAAGCAAAAUCUCCCAUUCCCGGUGCUUUGUCAUAACCUUGUGUUACUGUACUUGGCUUAAAAUGGGCCUUAACUCAUGGAUCAAACAGAUAUGUAACACUAGAAGCAAGAUUAUUACAUAAGAACACAGCGUAUCUGCUCUGCGGGAGGGUGCUAAUCCAAUCAAAUAAUCUUUAAAAUGUAUUUUGUGUUUGCUUUUGGAUUAUUUAUAUCAUAACUCUGUGAAGAAUCCAGGGAUUUCUGAGGUGACUAGAUACACAACGAACAAGAAUAUAUAAAGCUCUUAUAGCACCCUUGUGUUUCUGACUUUUUUCAGGAUCCUUUUUAGUUUCCUGGGUCUUAAGUUGUCAAACAAGACUAAAUUUAUCAAAAAUAAACUAGCCCAGACAGUAAGACUCUUUGAAGUUCUCUUAAUGUAGGAAAGUUCAUAUGUUCUAUCUAUAUGUAGUCAAGAGUAGAAAUCUCCCAUACAUGAUACGAAACUAUUAUAUUCAGUGAUGUACUCUAGUUAAAAACUUUUUGAGAGAAUUCCAUGUUAGGCCUUUAGAUGUACAUGUAUGUACUGGGGAAAUCGAUAUACCAUUAUCUUCAAACGACAUAUAUCUUUCAUGUUGGAUAUUCUCUUUGAUACAAGUUCAAGGGUCUCUAACUGAUGUUUUAAAAAUUUAUGAUCCAGAUUAAGUGUGGGUUUUGCUAUUUUAUUAUGUUUGAUAAUGUGAAAGUGCAUUAUAUUUGUAAAGUAGGAACACGUAUUAAGCACAGAGUGCUUGGUCUCUAGCCCCCAAAGUGUAAGGAAUAAUGAGGUCAAGAUUAAAGUUAAGGUCAAGGUCAGUGAUUUACAAAACAAACAAAUUGCUCUUGCCCAUUUUAUUUCUGUGUGAAGUGUGAUGAAAAAAUCUGUGAACAGUUUCUUUGAAUGUGAGCUAAAGCAAAGUGUGAUGAACAGAAGACAGAUAUUUUUUGCCCUGGAUAUUUAUACUUACUCGAGCAUAAAACUACUGGUACAUGUAUUGUGGUAGCUGUGAUUGAAUUACAUACAUAUUUAUUUAACUUCUCUGGUGAAGAUAGUGUGAUAGAUUUUGAUUGAUGUAUAGUAGAAGAUUUAU